CCCUAACAAACAAGAACCCUAACUCAUUUUUCUUAGGAUUGCCCCCAUCGACAAAGUCUCCAUCAUGGCGUUAUCCAAAGCCGUCUUCUUGACUCACCUCCGAACCCUAGCGAAACCCUACCGUCCCAUUGUUCUGCCGCAUGUUGUCGCCGUCCGGUGGUUCUCCUUUGCGACGCAGGAGGAGGCCGCCGCCGAACGCAGGCGCCGCAAGAGGCGUCUCCGCAUGGAACCACCGAACGCGCUUAACCGGACCCAUCAGCAGCCGCCGCCGCAGUCUCAAGCCCCGAGACCCAUCCAAAACCCUAACGCACCCAAGUUGCCUGAGCCCGUGACGGCUCUCACGGGGAAGCGGCUCGAGCUUCACAACAAGAUACUGAAGUUGAUUCGGGAGAAUGAUCUGGAGGAAGCCGCUCUGUACACGCGUCACUCUGUGUACUCGAAUUGCCGGCCGACGAUUUACACGGUGAACGCGGUUUUGACGGCGCAACUCCGGCAAUCGAAGUACUCUGAGCUUCUUUCGCUGCACCGCUUUAUCAACCAAGCUGGUAUUGCUCCUAAUAUCAUCACCUACAACUUGCUUUUCCAGACUUAUCUUGAUGUUAGGAAAGUGGACAUUGCUCUGGAUCAUUACAAACAGUUGAUAAAUGAUGCGCCAUUAAACCCUUCCGCUGCCACGUUUAGGAUUCUGGUCAAAGGGUUAGUUGAUAAUGAUAAGCUUGAGAAGGCUAUUGAGCUCAAGGACGACAUGGGUGUGAAGGGUUUUAUUCCGGACCCCCUUCUUUAUAGUUAUCUGAUGUUGGGUCAUGUGAAGAAUUCUGACCCUGAUGGUAUAUUUAAACUUUACGAGGAGUUGAAGGAGAACCUUGGUGGUGUUAUUGACGAUGGUGAGGUUUACGGGCAUUUGAUGAAGGGGUAUUUCAUGAAAGGGAUGGAGAAAGAGGCUAUGGAGUGUUAUGAGGAGGCUGUCGGGGAGGAUUCAAAGGUAAAGAUGAGUGCAUUGGCUUAUAACUAUGUGCUGGAUGCGUUGAAUAAGAACGGGAGGUUGGAUGAGGGCUUGAAGUUGUUUGAGAGGAUGAAGAAGGAGCACAAACCCCCGAGGAUUCUGGCAUUGAACCUGGGAACUUUCAAUGUCAUGGUUGAUGGGCUUUGUGCCGACGGAAAGUUUAAUGAAGCUAUCAAGGUAUUCCGGGAAAUGGGUGAUUUUAGGUGUAGUCCGGAUGCUUUAUCUUUCAACAAACUGAUUGAUGAGUUGUGCAAGAACGGGAUGUUGACUGAGGCCGAGGCAUUGUAUAAUGAAAUGGGCGAGAAAAGGGUGAAUCCAGAUGAGUACACUUAUAGUGUACUAAUGGAUGCAUGUCUGAAGGAAGACAGGACAGAUGACGGAGCUGCCUUUUUCAAAAAGAUGGUGGAGUCAGGACUUAGGCCAAACUCGUCAGUAUAUAACAGGCUGGUCGCUCACUUGGUUAAUGCCGGGAAACUUGAUGACGCAAAAUGUAUCUUUGAUAUGAUGGUGAGCAAACUCAAGAUGGACGACGAGGCUUACAAGUUCAUCAUGAGGGCGUUAAGCGAAGCUGGUAGGAUCGACGACGUGCUGAAAAUCGUGGAUGGAAUAUUGGAUGAUGAUAUGGCCGAGUUCAGCGAGGAAUUGCAAGAAUGUGUGAAAGAAGAGCUCGGAAAAGAGGGAAGAGAGGAAGACCUGAAGAAGCUAAUGGAGGACAAAGAGAGGCAGAAGGCAGAGGCAAAGGCGAGAGAGUUAGAGGCGGCUGAAGAGACCAAGAGGGCUGCGCGGAUCAGCAUAAAUUCGCUGAUUCGGCCAAAGCUGUUCGGUAAGGAAGAGAACAAGUCAGGAGAUGCCGAGAAGAAAGAAGAGGGUGUGGAAGAAGCUGAUGUGGUAGAAGGAGGUCAGGAUUCAUCGGCAGGAGCCGAGGUUAGGAGUGAAGCUGGCACUGGCAGUGUUACAGAACAGGCAACGGCUCAUUAAUUUCCUUGGUUUUGAUAAGGAGCCUUCUAUUUUAUUUUAUAUAAUAUAUAUGCUUGUCUUUAUUUGUAAUUACUGAAAAAGGAUGCGUCUUUAUAACGCGAUCUUUCUAAUCAAUCUUGGGUAUUAGUUAGGUUUUUGGAAUUUGGAAUUCGCGAUCGAGUCUUUUUAUUA